UGGUGUUGGGCAAUUGUUGGUGGGUUUCUUACUGGGGGUCUCGUGAUGGAUGUCCCAACAUCACCCAGUUGGAACACUGCAUGCUCAUCUGUAUCCUUGACAAACUAUUGUGGUUAUAUUUGUAUCCUGGCAACUGGCAGUUAAAGCACAGCGGGUGGUUUUGUGGGUCAGGUAUUCAGUGGAUGUUUGGUCAAUAUACAGAAGACUGAAGACAUUUUUAAUGUUUUUCAAGAUGCACGGUGAGUUUUAAUGCGGUUUCAUUUGGCCUUGACUUUACAAUUAAUUAAAACCUGAUGUUCAAAUGGAUACAUUUAUUCAUUUUUUUUCCUUUUUUUUGCCUAGCUCUUCUUGUUUUAAUAGUUUUCCAGUGCAUACACGUAGCAUGGCUUCAAUCCUGUAUAGAUACAGAAACGGACUAUGUUUGCAAGGAGAUUCCGAGAGAUUAUCCUGCUGGCCUGACAUCUUUGAUUCUCUUUGUGAGUGAUUUAGGAGAAAUCAACUCGUCUAUGUUUAACAGUACAAAUCUGACCUCAGUGACCAGUUUAACCAUGACACAAGCUGGGGUCACCGCAGUGGCACCACAAACCUUCGAUAAGUUCCUCAACCUCAAAACUCUCAUUUUGGACAGUAAUCAUCUUUCUCAUGUCUCUUCUGAAUGGUUCAGUCAUCCUGACGCACUCGAAACCCUCCGACUGUCAAAUAAUCAAAUAACUACAUUGGAUCGUAAUUCUCUUUUUGGGAUGACAAAUCUUCUAGCUUUAAACUUGUCUCGGAAUUAUAUUUACACUAUAACUCGUACCAGUUUUAUGGGUAUGAGUAAACUAAGGCAACUGGAUCUGUCAAACAAUAACCUGACAAAUCUGAGUGUUGAUGUCUUGCGUCCCCUCAACGGCACCAAGAUCCGUCUGGAUGGAAACCGGUGGGACUGCUCGUGCUCUGUACAGGACUUUGCAAACUUCCUGAGAGGUCUGCAGAAUGCCUCUCUGUUGGAGAAUGAGAUGAUGGUGUCCUGCAGAAGCCCUCCGGAGUUGAAAGAUAAACCUGUUUGGCAGGUGCCAGAGUGUAACAUCCAAACAACUGAACAUCCCACCACUACGAACCCCGUCACCGGCCGCCCCGCCACCGGAGGGCCUACCAGUACAACCAAAUCACUUCCAAUGAAACCUUCCACUUUAAUCAGUUUAAUUGUGGUACUUUGUGCCCUGGUACUUGUCAUCUGUGUCCUUUCAGUGUUGUAUCAUCGGAAACGAGAGAGGAAACAUCUACAAGCCAUUAAACCUUCUCCAGCGACCACAGAGAGAGAAACAACAAAGAACAACAGAGGAGGAGUUCAAUCUAAAAUUCUUGAACCAACAGAAACCACCACAACACAGAUGUUCCCGAGGUCACACCAGACCAGAGCUGCAGAUGAGAUGAUGUCCCAGAUUAAUUACAUUUAUUCUUCAGGGAUCUAUCAAUGCAGAGAACCCAUUAAGCGCGUCAGCUCCGCAGGUCCAAUUCUCUGCAUGACGGAGACGUUUUGGAAAGAGAUGGAGACAGACGCGGACACUGAAAAAGUCCGCACAAUGAAGCAAGAUGAGUAUUACGAUGGAUGCGUGAGAUCAGAACAUCGGGAGGAAAAUGUGAGAGGGAAUGCUGGUGUGUGUGACGGGGUGGAGCAUAAGAAUGAUGGACAAAUGAGAAUAGAGUUGGAUGAGCAAAACACAAGCUUGAAGGAUGAGGUCAGUAACGCCACGGAGAAGCUGGGGUCACGUGACGAUGGACUAGAUAAAGAAACUGAUGAGACUAAAGCUGGAACAAGUAUGGACAGUGAGGUGAAUACUUAUGAGGAACGACUUGAUUGUGACUUAAUAGAAGGUGCAGAAGCAAACCGAGCUAUUCCACAUGGAGAACGUAGCACUGACCAGGUUAUGGAGAACGCGGAGAACUUACCUUACCUCACCAUCGGUGCAGAUCUAGAAAAGCAGACCUCUGUGGUUGAACGAAACACCGCUCCAGACGGGAACAGAUCAGGACCUUUACGAUCCAUUCGACGUGUUCUUACCUGGCCCCCGACUGCAGUUCAAUGGAAGAAGCAGUGGGUACAAAACCAGCACGUGCUCAAUGUCUUUCCCAAACUUAUAUUUGUAACCGGUUACAUGCCGUUUCAGCACAGCGUUUAUCCCACAACCCUCCCCAUUGCCCCACAGUUCAACGCUCUCGAGUUUUUACCAGAAAACGCACUCCCACGAGAUGAUGUUAUUGAUGGAGACACUCGCUGGGGAAACGUUAAGUCCUGCACUCGGAAAAUCCUACAUUUCAAUGCCCAGGAGUCCUCCUUGUCUGGGAAUACAUCACCAGGGAUGGAUGUCAGAACCAUAUCAACAGCGGAAACUCGGAGGUCAGACUUAUUUUCCCAAAACUCACCUAUUGAUGAGAGUGAUGCCCGCUCUCAACUGUUCACCGUCCUUCAUCCAUCAUCUGGUGGCAGCGAUUCAGGAGAGAAGAUAAACAAUGCAGAUGAUGUGAAGAAAACUCCGAGCAUUGCGAAAAAGAGACGGCGUGACCUGAAAAGGUCAGAAUUGAGAAAGCAGUCCAGGCGAGAUGAGAACGCAGCGAGGGCUCAGAAGAACGAUCAGACGGUCCAGAAGAAUGAUACCAGACCUCAUGUUUGAGAUUCUCCAAAAGACGCCAGUCUGGAGCACACAUCCAUAGGCCUGUUACGCGAGGUGGUGGAAAAUCAUGGGCGUUGGACCCGGGCGAGGUGGAGACAAACACAAAUAAAUAAAGAUAAACUCAAACAGCAACGCCAGUCGACGGUUGUUGAGAGUCGCUAGAUGGUGGCUGUGUAUUUCAUAUUCUUUGAUAUAUCUGUGUGCAAGACAUUAAAAAAUGAAAUUAUGUAACAUAUGGUAUGAUGAUCUAUGGCUACUGUAAUAACAAGCAAUUAUUCAAAUUCGUCAUUUACUGUAAUGGGGAAAUCUGUUGAUCCUGUAAUUACAAAAUAAAGCUCUUAAUUUAUAAACUGGGAUUUAAAAUAAAACACAAAAAUAUAUAUAGAAUGAAAAAGAAAUAAUAUUGUCCAGUUUCCCAAACUAGGAAGUGUUAAAGAAAUAUCUGUACCGGUGUACUUUUAUAAAAGUCUUUAUAAAGUAGUUUUUUCACGUGGGCCACCACAAAAAUUGCUAAUCAUGUUCUGGUAAAGUUAGGAUAAUAUAGUUUAUCAAUACUGCAUACUAUUUACAUAUGACAUCUUCCUGCAGUAAAAAUCACAACUACGCUUUUAUUCGAAUCAUUUAAUAUUUUGAUACAGCCUCGUUGCAAUACCGCUAACGGCCACCGGGGGCAGCGGCAAGCACGAACACAUUCAUUGAUUAAUAUCCAUUUGUAAAUAAUAAUACAGCCACAUCGUUUCUGGCUGCAUGCAGCAUUUAUUCAUUCUAACACGUUCGUACAGAAAUUGUACAAAAUUUAGAAGUCUGUGAAAUAUUCAGCAGAUCAGCACAAUCCAAAAAACAGGAGCCAGCAAAUGUAAACAUGAAUCUCUGACACAUUUGGCAAGAUUAGGACAUGCAUGGUCCGAGUUUUUUCCGUCACUACUGGAGAGAAAACAAACGAAACACUUGUAAAGUACGACAGCUGUGAUCAGCUGAUAAAUACAUCUGUAUUAAAUACUAGGGAACUAGUAAAAAAUAGAAGAUAUCUGCAGGCUGUCAUUUUAACAUGCAAAUCUUUUUCAAUAUGAUGCAUGGAAAAUGAUUAAAUGUUAUUAAACCAAAAACAUUCCCAAGGCAGUUUGCAUGAGAAAGGUUGAUAGAAAAUGUAGGCCAACAGCUUCUGUUUUCUACUGACAGACUGGUGAACUCAUAAUACUGCUAUAAAAUAAAUAAACGGAUAUGCUAAAACAAGGCAGAAAACACAAUAAUGAAAUAAACGCAAUAGCUACAAAGAUUUCCAAUUGUAUCACAUCAUUAACCAUCUACCCCCUUCCCUUUUACAGUAUAUAUGCAACAUUACAGUCGUUUCUGUGAGUGGAAAUCCAUGUUUUCUGUUCUAUUAUACAGAUGAAUAAAAAUGUAUAUAGGCCUAAUAAAUAAAUAAAAACAAUUGUCAGCUCUACAUAAUAAACAUCAACUCCUUAUACACGUUCACAUAAAAAAUGACAUAAUGGAAUACAUCUUACAAGCAGGCAAAAAAAAGUAGCAAACAAAAGAUUUGCUAAAUCUGUGUCAGACACCAGAAAGUCCCCUGAAGUCACAAAACUGUUUUCAUAUCACCUUUCAACAUGGCUCUAAUUGUAACUAAAGGCUUGUUUUUUUUACGUAAUACUGUAUAUUAAUUGUGUGUGUGUGUGCGCGUGCGUGCGUGCGUGUUAAAGGGUUACGGUGUACUGCUCUAUCAAGAGAGCUUAGUGCAAAAGUGGCAAAUUCAAAUAAUUUAUAUUGUAGUAAAUAUUUCAUAAAUGAUCGGUAGCAUAAUGUUGAAAUUGACAAAAUGAACAAAAAUUGAAACUGAACAAAAAACAGAUAAUUGAAUAUGAUUCAAAAUGCUGUUGAUACAGCAAUAAAACAAACAAAUGAAAAACACUUGUUAGACAAUUCAAACACAUAAAAUCUAUAUUACAUAUCCUAAUAUUUACUAUUGUAUAACUCACACACUCAAGUCAUAAUUCAUGAGUUUCAGAUCAAUACUGUACAAUAGCAUUUAAACAACGUUCAUUCAAUACUUCUGAUGCUUGUGCGUUACCUUCAUGGAUGAUGUGUUUGCCUUAAAAUAUUCCUUACUUUUUUGCAAUAAAAAGCAUGUUAAAUGUUACGGCAAAGGACAUGAUCACAGCUGAGAUCAUGUGAUGGAUCAACAAUAUGUUUAAACAGUUGCAGUUUGGGAAUACCAAUAAAUAAACAAUAUCCUUUGUGCUUUAAGGACAAAUCACGACAAAAUACUGUGAAUACUUAAGAGGUCACUGCAUGAGCAUGUAAAAGAAUACGUGGUUAACUUAUAUGUACAAAUAUACUGUAUAUAUACUAUGUGCUCUGUUCAAAAUAUAGCACUGAUGUAAACUAGUUCUGUGUGUUACAGGGCUUUGACAUCACCAGCGUUCUGGUCCAAUCAGAUGAACUGACUGACGUGACUGUGUUUGUUUUCUUCUGUCCGUAGCUGCGCACAUGAAUACUGCGUUACGUAAUGCUCUGUGAUGUAUAUACUGCCCUACUGUAUAUAUCCAAAGUGCUUGGACGUUGUGUUUGGUCCAGAGUGACUCAUAACAACCCAAUCUUACACAGUCUUAAAUAUA